GACACGUGGUGUGGUUCUCCACUGGAGGAGCAACACAAACACGGUGCGAAAGAUGGAAAACAAAUGCAGCCCGGUGCAGAACAUUAAGCGAGAGCAGGCUCUGAAAGCCUGGCUGGAAACGACCAACACCAAGCUGACCCAGGUCAACGGCCAGAGGAAGUACGGAGGACCACCUGAGGGGUGGGACGGUCCAAUCCCAGGCGAAUACUGUGAGGUCUUCAUCAGCCACAUCCCUCGGGACGCCUACGAGGACCUGCUCAUCCCCUUGUUCAGCUCUGUGGGUCCUCUCUGGGAGUUCCGUCUCAUGAUGAACUUUAGUGGCCAGAACCGGGGCUUUGCCUAUGCUAAAUACGGCACACCAGCCCUUGCCACCGAGGCCGUCCUCAAGCUGAACGGCUACAUGCUGGAGCCCAAGUGCUACCUGUGUGUCCGCCGCAGCACGGAGAAGAGACACCUCUGUAUUGGAAAUCUGCCGGCUGCCACUAAACAAGAAGACCUGAAGCAGGUGCUGCGGCGGCUGGUGGAGGGGGUGGAGAGGGUUUCUCUGAAGACCGGUCCCGGCAUAGACGGGGUCUCUGCUAUCAUUGCCUUCUCCUCCCACCACACCGCGUCGAUGGCCAAGAAGGAUCUAGUGGCAGAAUUCAAGAAGCGAUUUUCAUUGGAGAUUUCCAUCAAGUGGGAACCAGGAGAGAACCUGAGCUCCAGCCAGACAUGUUCUCUUCCAGCCCCAAAGAUUCUGCUGCAGCCAUGCUUCGUGCCCUGCAGCCAGGCUGUCUCUCACCCUUCAGCCCCGCCCGUCUCUCCAGGAUUCUGCAGGGCGGUGGGGGAACCAGUCUCCCCCCUGCACUCUCAUGUGUGUUACCCCCUCCCGACCUCGCACCACCCCCAGCGACACAUGGUCUGUGCGUCGUCCCCAGUGAUGCUCCUCCGUGAGGUUUGUGAGGCCAACGGAUUUGGCCAGCCAUUCUAUGAGCUACACUACAGUUUGGCCAGAGCAGAUGGCUUCGUCAAAUUUACCUACAAGGUUCUGAUCCCAGGCAUCAGCAGCGCCUUCAGGGGGAAGGUCAUGGUGCUGCCCGGACCCAAUGUCAGAGUCAUGCUGGAGGAGGCUCAGCGGGCCGCCGCUCAGCAGCUGCUGCAGAAGAUGUUCAAAAACCAGCAGGUGGCCUGAACACUCCACCGGCUUCCAGUUGUAACGUUCCUGUUUCACAUCUAUGGUUUACUGAAAAAAUAGAUUUCAUUCUGUAUCAUUUCUUCUUUUCUGCAUGUUUUUAAUAGUGUUGGUUAACUUGUGUGUCCAGUUUGAGUUUAAGAAGUUUGUUUGCAUGUUUUUUUUUUUAUAUAAUUCUUGUUUUAUUCUUGCUGUGUUCUGAGUUGCUCAUUUUAAUAAAAAUGAGAUUUGCUAAAAAUAAAAAAAGGUGGUAUUUUAAAAUGUACAAUGAAGCUUUAGGUCCUAAGUUGUGUUUUUUACCUUAGAGCAGGGUUUCAAAUUCAUUUUCAUUUCAUGUCACAUCAAG